GCUGAUAACUGGGCUGAUCAUUAAUCAUGGUAGCGAGUAAUGAUUUAUAGAACGAGGGAGAGAGCGUCGCAACAGCAGGUCAUGCACAGCUCAUCAAGUAUCAUGGAGUAGGUCCGGAGAGCUGGUAGUGGCGCGAACGUCUAUACAGCCCCCGAGAAUGAAGUUUGGCCAGUAUCUGAAAGAUCAUCUUACCCCAGAAUGGAAGCGGGCAUACAUCGACUAUUCGGCAUGCAAAAAAGCGAUCAAGGUCGUCAAGAAGCGUUUGGAUCAAGCCAGAGAAGGGCAAAGGGAUCAUACAGCAGGAGAAGGAGCACAAGAAGAUGGUGACGACCGAGAAGCGAGCUCGGACCUGGACGAUGAGGAUCAUGGUCCGAGCAAGCCAAGGCGAACCAAGACUGUGUCAUCGACUUGGAGUGCGAGAUCCCCGAGGGGAACAAUCGGUUCGGGGAGGACCGCUAGGACGCCUGGUUCGGCUUUGAGGCAGGUUGAUUCGCGGGGACGAUCGGGUGGUUCAAAUGCAGUUAGUCCGCAAGCGAUUCCACGAAGACCAUCGCCUCCGCCUCCCCUGGAUUUGGGCGAAUCAAGUUACCCCAAGUCUUCCGAGAUUCAACAAGCUGGCCCGGACACUCCACGAGGAGCUCUUGGCAGACGGGCAGCCACUAUAUCGGACGCUCCUGCGCAGAUCAUCCAUGCUAGCUCAUCCUCGAGUCCCGAUGAAGCGGGAGAUCAGGACAACGAUCCUGACAUGUCAGACUCUGGUCGAAUCCUGACCUCUCCAAGCAAGACCAAGAUGAAAUCCGCCACGUUCAGUCCUCGCUUUCACAAGAGCCCAAGGAUCUUCCAGCGAUCUGGCCCGACACAUAGUCCGAAAAGCUCCAGAGGCAACGAGAGUCCUCAAGUCAGUGGUAGAGGAGGCAGAAGCAUUCGAUCUCUUGCACUCCAGUCGCCGAAGGCCGCUUCAGUGGUAGCUCCGACCUUCGAAGACUUGUACAAAGGGCUGGAAGAAGACGAACGAGCAUUUUUCGACCUCUUGGACCACGAAUUGAAUAAGGUUGAACAAUUCUUCACGGCUAGGCAAAAGGAAGCGCAGGACAGGUUCAAAGAGUUGAAGGAUCAGUUAACUACACUCGGCGAGCAUCGUAAACGGUACCAUGAACUGUAUCCAAACGGGCUACCGGGCGUACUCUUGCCACCUCAACAGGUCCAGAGCUUGUCAAGAGCUGCGAACAAGCUGCAUUUGCGGAUCCCGUUUACCCACGACGCGGACCAUCAUGUUGCGAAGACCGACGGCGAAGGUAACUCCACGACACCCAAGGCAGUGCACGAUAAAACCAAUGGAAUUUCGGGAGAUCCAUCGGGCAAUGCGACCGCUGAGAACGGCAGAGGCGUGGCUUUAGGAGAAUUCGACACCUAUAAUCCAGAACGGUAUCAGCAUUAUAAGCGAGAGCUCCGUGCAGCGAGUUUGGAUUUCUAUCGACAUCUCGAGCGAAUCAAAAACUAUCGAAUUCUCAAUUUGACUGGGUUCAGGAAAGCCUUGAAGAAAUUUGAAAAGACUACCAGAAUACAUUGCAUGGACAUGUACACGGACGAGAGGAUCAGCAAAGAAUCCUUUGCCCAGGGCGAUGUGGUCGAGAAAUUGCUAGAUCAGAUGGAGAAGUUGUACUCAGAACAUUUCGAGCAUGGCGAUUCGAAAAAGGCAAGAGAUAGACUACGGCGCCAGACGGAUGUGCAGACGCAUCACACCAGUGUUUUUAGAGCCGGUAUGAUGAUAGGUCUCGCAAUGCCAGCAGUCAUCUUCGCCUUGGUCAUCGCGCGAAAGCCGGAAACCAAGGUGGCCAUACCCCCGAGGGAUGAGCUCUUGCAGGUCUACGGAGCGCUCUUCAUGCCAGUCAUGUUUGGUAUGCUAUUUCAACUAAAUCUGGAUGCCUUUGUAUCUGCCCGAAUCAAUUACGAGGUGGGCUCGGCCGUACGACGAGCGCCAUACUGAUCACCUUUCUAGUUUGUCAUGGAAUUGACAAAACCAACCUUGGACUACCGUUGUUUCUUAGAGAUC